CGGUUACGUCACAAGAUUCUCCUCCAGGACCGGGGCGCACCGGGGGUAGCGGAAUGAACCGAAGAGAAAGGCCGAGGGAGGCGGGGAGCCGCGAGUGAUUGGGGAACGACAGCGAACCGGGCUUAGCAGCAGCUUAACGGACGGCGGGGGGAGGAGCCGGACAGAGAGAAGAGGGGGGAGCCGCCCUGCCGGGUGCUGGAGACAGAUUUCGACUAUAAAAGCUUUGGGGUUUGGAUGAAGCCACUGGGGAAGACGCUCGUGCAAUCAUGAGCCGAGGAAAACGAGACAACAACUUCUCCGUCUUUGAAAUUGGAGAUUCCACUUUCACCGUUCUGAAGCGCUACCAAAACCUGAAACCCAUUGGAUCGGGAGCCCAGGGGAUAGUAUGCGCUGCAUAUGAUGCUGUUCUAGAAAGACAUGUUGCUAUCAAAAAGCUGAGUCGACCGUUCCAGAAUCAAACCCAUGCCAAGAGGGCGUACCGGGAGCUUGUGCUCAUGAAAUGUGUCAAUCACAAGAAUAUAAUUGGGCUCCUAAAUGUCUUUACACCACAGAAGUCUCUGGAAGAAUUCCAGGACUUGUACAUCGUGAUGGAGCUUAUGGAUGCUAAUUUGUGUCAGGUGAUACAGAUGGAGCUGGAUCAUGAGCGUAUGUCCUACUUGCUUUACCAGAUGUUGUGUGGAAUAAAGCACCUACAUUCUGCAGGGAUCAUCCAUCGGGAUUUAAAGCCAAGCAACAUUGUAGUGAAGUCUGAUUGCACCCUAAAAAUUCUCGACUUUGGCCUUGCCCGGACAGCAGGGACAAGCUUCAUGAUGACGCCAUAUGUUGUGACCCGUUACUACAGAGCUCCGGAAGUGAUCUUGGGCAUGGGAUACAAAGAAAACGUGGACUUGUGGUCCGUGGGGUGCAUUAUGGGAGAAAUGAUAUGUCACAAGAUCCUCUUCCCAGGAAGGGACUAUAUUGACCAGUGGAACAAAGUCAUUGAGCAACUGGGGACUCCCUGCCCGGAGUUCAUGAAGAAACUUCAGCCUACUGUGAGGACAUAUGUGGAGAACAGACCCAAAUACGCAGGCUACAGCUUUGAGAAACUCUUUCCAGAUGUCCUUUUUCCUGCAGACUCCGAGCACAACAAGUUAAAGGCCAGCCAAGCCAGAGAUCUGCUCUCAAAGAUGUUGGUUAUUGAUGCUGCCAAGAGGAUUUCCGUUGACGACGCUUUGCAGCACCCUUAUAUCAAUGUUUGGUACGAUGCUUUAGAGGCUGAAGCACCACCUCCAAAGAUUCCAGACAAGCAGCUGGAUGAGCGAGAACACACAAUAGAUGAAUGGAAAGAGUUAAUAUACAAAGAAGUCCAUGAUUGGGAAGAAAGAGCUCGGAAUGGUGUGAUUCGUGGGCAGCCACCCCCUUUAGGUGCAGCAGUGACUGACGGCUCCCAGCCUCAAACCUCCUCUUCAUCAGCUGACGCUUCCUCCAUGUCCACCGAUCCAACGCUGCCCUCGGACACAGACAGCAGCCUGGAAACCUCUGCAGGGGCACUGGGCUGCUGUCGAUGAUUCAAUGGCGGGGAGGGAUGGGGAAUACACACAGAUGGCAGGGAGGGUGGAGGUGCAGAGGGGUCCGGUAGCACAAGAUGGCGGCAGGAAGAUGCCACUUGUAUUAUUGAAAGAGUACAUAUUAUUAACCCCUUAGCUGCCACAGAACCUUCCUGAUUGCCCUACAGUUGUGGGAGGGGGGGGGGAGGGGGAGCAAGGCCUAGGAAAAAAAAAAAGUUGGCUUAAGACCUCUGUAUGCGCCAGAGAGAAUCCACAACGCACUCCCUGCCAGGACUAAGUUCAAGAGGUGUAGGUUCAUUUUUAUUUUUUUAUUUUAUUUUAUUUUUCUGUGCUGUAAUUUGAACACUUAAGUGCUGGAGGGUUUGGAAAGCUGCCAUAAAAUAUGUAUUGUAUUUUUAUUUCCAUUGUGUGAGGGAGGGUGGGGGGUGGGGCAGGGUUGAUGGGAGGAGCUUAGCGCUCCAACAAAGAGAAAAGGUCACUUUGGUCCUGAUUGUCUUGAAAUUUUUACUUUGCAUUCGAUUUUAUGUUUUUUUUUUUUUUUUUUUUUUUCGUUUCUCCGCUGGUGCUGCUCAUAUUUUAUUUCUUUGAUCUUCUUUGAAUUAUUUUACAGAUCUGUUCCAUAUUUUAAUUAUUUAAAAUUUUAAGUGCUUCUUUUUUUUUUUUUUUUAUUAUUACUGUACAAAUUUUAUCCUCACACAUGUAUAUGCCUGUAGUGCCAGUAAACCAAAGGGAGGCGCUGUUGCUGCCUACGUUUUAUUGCAUAA